AGAAUACGGCCUUCUGAUUGGACCAUUGGACCAACUCCUACUCCCCUAUUUUUUUGGAGGGGAUUUCACACAAUGUGGAAACGGUCGUGUUCUGCUGAUAGAGGCCAGAGGCGAGUUCAGUGUUUGUUGUAUCCUGCGCUGCAAAUUUAAAUGUGUCAAGUGAUCCAAUUUAGUCCUUUGUGAAAAAUAAUCUAUUGAAAUUUCUUUAAUACAUCAGUAUCAAAUCGUUGUAAAUUAUUAUUGCUCAACUGACGUUACCAAACUUCAAAACUUCAGUGUUACCUUCAUUCAGGUUAUCCUUUUAUGUUGUGUGAUGGACGCCGCGAGCAACAGUGUGUGGAUUGAGAGCGCGCUCGGAGCGAUCAAAGCGUUUGCGUUCGUGUGUGACAUCAUCACCUACCCGGUGUACCUGCUGCUGCAGCGACCAUGGCAGAAGCGACAAAUGUCACGCAGAGUGAAGGCAAAGCCAGUAAAUAUUGACGGCAAGUCGAUAACGUUCCGCAGUGUGCAAGGUCCGCAGACAGUUCACAGCAAGAUGCUGGCCAAUGGCAUCGACACCAUGGAGAAGAUGCUCUUAUACGUGGUCGAGCAAUUCAAGAAGAAGCGGUGUCUUGGAACCCGCGAAAUUCUCGCUGAAGAAGACGAGAUCCAGCCCAACGGAAGGGUGUUCAAGAAGUACGUUCUUGGUGAAUACAAAUGGAAAACAUAUGAGGAAGUGAAUAUGCUAGCAAGUCAUUUUGGAAAAGGUUUGAGGGAAUUGGGUCACCAGCCAAAGCAGAAUAUUGUCAUAUUUGCCGAGACCAGAGCCGAAUGGAUGGUUGCUGCUCAUGGCUGCUUCAAACAAAAUAUCCCAGUUGUCACUAUUUACGCAACACUCGGUGAAGAUGCAAUUGCUCACGGAAUCAACGAAACUGAAGUGAAUAUUGUUAUUACCACUUACGAUUUAUUGCCGAAAUUCAAAAAUAUACUGAAAGACACUCCCAAAGUUCAGACUCUCAUCUACAUGGAAGAUCAGUUGAAAAAACCAGACCUUGAUGGUUUCAAGAAGGGCACAGAGAUCAUUACUUUCUCUUCAGUCAUAGAAAAAGGAAAAACUUCGAAAAUCAGCGAAAACAGUUCGCCGACCAAGAACGAUACGGCUAUAAUAAUGUACACAAGCGGCUCGACCGGAGUGCCAAAGGGGGUGAUUCUCACCCACCAGAAUAUGACUGCUACAAUGGGCUCCUUCUCAGACAGUGUCCAAAUAGGAGAGGACAACGAAGACGUUUUUCUUGGAUUCCUUCCACUGGCUCACGUAUUCGAGUUAUUAGCAGAAUCGGUGUGCUUGCUGUGUGGCGUUUCGAUUGGAUAUUCAACUCCUCUAACAAUGAUUGAUUCGUCGAGCAAAAUCAAGCGCGGCACAAAGGGUGAUGCUUCUGUCUUGCACCCUACCUGCCUCACUGCCGUUCCUCUAAUUUUAGAUAGGAUCUACAAAGGAGUAUACGACAAGGUUUCAAAAGGCUCACCUUUCCAGAAAGCACUAUUUGAGUUUGCUUUCAAUUACAAGAAAAAGUGGCUGAAGAGAGGAUUUUCCACACCUUUUGUCGACAGGGUGAUCUUCUCAAAGACGAAACAGCUGAUGGGCGGCCGGCUGAGGCUGAUUCUGACGGGUGGAGCGCCUCUGUCGCCCGACACCCACGAGCUCAUCAAGAUCUGUCUGUGCGACACCGUCAUCCAGGGCUACGGCCUCACUGAGACCUGCUCCUGUGCCACUGUCAUGGACUUGCAUGACAGGUCGAACGGUCGAGCCGGAAAUCCAGCUACAGUAUGUGAUAUUCGUCUUAUUGAUUGGGAUGAGGGCAACUACAGGGUUUCAGACAAACCUUUCCCUCGAGGAGAAAUUUGCAUUGGCGGCAAAAAUAUUUCACCUGGCUACUAUAAGAAUGCGGAAAAAACUAAAGAGGAUUUCUUCGAAGAUGAUGGAAAGAGAUGGUUCAGAACUGGAGACAUCGGGGAAUGCCAUGCGGAUGGUGUAUUCAAAAUUAUAGACAGGAAGAAGGAUCUGGUGAAACUGCAGGCAGGUGAAUACGUGUCACUGGGCAAGGUGGAAUCCGAACUGAAGACGUGUCCGGUGGUGGAGAAUAUCUGCGUGUACGGAGACUCGAACAAGGACUACACAGUAGCACUAGUUGUGCCCAAUCCAGCUCAGCUGCAAGAUUUGGCCACCAAACUCGGUCGCGACCAAAACAUCAGCUUCGAAAAACUGUGUGAGGACCCAGCCAUGGAACAGAGUGUCCUGCAACAGCUGCAGAUUCAUGGAAAGAAAUGCAAACUGGAGAAGUUCGAAGUGCCAGCGGCGGUGAAGCUGUGCACAGAGGUGUGGUCCCCGGACAUGGGUCUAGUGACGGCCGCCUUCAAGCUGAAGCGCAAGGACAUCCAGGAGAGAUACCAGAAGGACAUCAACCGCAUGUACGGCGUCAGCUGAGAGGCGUGGUCCACUCCGCGAGGAAAGCGCCGCCCCUUCUGGCCUCCCAUCUGAAGGACCCUUCCUCCCUUGUAGGUAACCUCUACCUAUGACUGAAAAGCGAUCACCUGCCCCGUCAUGCGUAUAUAAAUUGUUAGCAAACAAUAUGAGUCUGAAAAUUAUGUGUUGAUAAUAUAAUAUGUAUAGUUGCUUGCAAUGUUUGAAAAUAUUCUCCAUUUCCCUACACAACCUAAAAAUCGGCGAGUGUUUUUGUUUUGGAUAACACAAUGUUUUAGUUUAGAUGAAAACUAUAUCGCAACAAAUCAAAAUUCGCUUAAUCGGUGGUAUGGUUGGUGCUUGAAUUUACUGUUUUCUACUUAUCAACGAGAGAUGUUGAUCUCCUUAUUACUUCUAAUUAUCUAUUCAACAUACGUAAACUGUAAAUAUAUUUAUCCAAAGUGAAAACAAAAACAAUGAAAAUCAAGCUACAAUUGCGGUUAUGUUUGCCAUAAAUUGAAGGUAGCAUUGGUGGAUAGUAUGAAGUUUAAAACUUCGUUAUUAUUGGUAUUGUACGAUUUCAAAUCGUUAUUGUUCUUAGCUUUUUUGUGUAAUCCUAUAUAUUAUGUUUUAAUUAGUAAUGAGAACACUUCUAUUUGAAUAAUUCAUCUAUUUAUUUUGUAAUAUAUAUAAUUUUAAUAUUUGAGUAUUUUUAAGGAAUAAUUUAUAACCAUACUAUUAUGUUAUCGUUUUUUUAACGUCUUUGUAAAUAAAACAUAUAUUGUGAUCAUACUUUCAUAAUAUUUGGUGUAUUCAUUGCAAGUCAGUUGAUAUUAUCUCCAAAGUAAUGCUAUUUGAAUAAAUACUUUUGAAAAAAAAAUACUGAAUAUUACGUGAAUUUCAAAUUAUGUGAAUGUCAAAUUAUCUGCCAAAAAUUAUUGUUUUAGUUCAUUGAAAAAGCAUAUUUAGAUCCUUUUGUGGGAUAUUGUGAGUUCAUGUUCACAAAGUAUGCUGCUUAUCUAUUGAAUAUAUAUCCCAUUAGAUGUUAUUUGAAUCUUGAUAGUGAAAUUGUUUCGUCUAAUCUUUAGGAGGUGCCAUAUUAUAAUAUUUUAGGCACAGAAUACUAUUAGUACAGUAGUUUCAAAAUAUGUUUAUUAUUUCAAACAUCACAAUUUAUCUUGUCCAGAUAAUAGUGUGUAAGUAUGUGUGUAUAGUAGUUUAGUUACCUCCAUCUGAAUCGAAAUUUAUUUAUAAAGUAAUGUACACUGAUUUUUCAUCUCAAGAAUUUUUUAAGACGCGAAUAGUGUGUAUAUAUAAUGAAUCAUGUAGGAAAUUUCCGAUGAGAUUUUUUAGUGCAUGGGAUGGGAUAUAUUUUUAUACUUGUUAAGAUGUUGAUUUAUUGAAGUAGUAAAUUUGCAAUGUGAUAAUGGGUAAUGCGAUCGAAUAUGAUAAUUUCUUUAGUUUUUAUAAUUAAAUCAAUAAGUUCUGCACACAAUUUGACCAUUGUCAAUGGUUUGUAAUUUCAGUACUGUAAUGUGUAAUUUUUAUAAACAAUGCUUUAUCAACAAUUUUAAUUUCAAGUUAUUUCAGUUUUUAAUGUAGUUAUAGCAGUGAAUGGAUGAAUGCUCUAUAAAAUCUGAAAUGAAAUUGAAACUAAAUGCGAAUAAAAUUGAUUGGAAAUAAAUAGCCUGUUGAAAGUUUCAAGUUCAUCACCCACAACUGUAAAUCAACCAACAACAUAUCACGUUAUCUAUUAUUUUUCCAAAACAUCAGGAAAAGGUUUCUUGGGUUUCAUAAUAAUUGCCAGUUAAAACAAACUAGAGGUGAUGGUGGCAAUAUUGAUAGGUUAUUUCAAAUGAAGUAUUCUAAGAUAAUGAGGAGAAAAAGAUUGUUUAUGAUUAUUGAAAUUAAAAUUAUUUUUAAUAGAUAAUAAUAAUAAUGGCUCUGUAAGUGUAGGAAUUAAUUUAUUAAUGGAGGCUGAUAAUAAGUAAAUGAUAAUUUCCAGUUGUUGCUGAGUCUUUGACAGAUAGCCUAUAAUAAUAGUAUUGCUGUAUUUUUACUUUAUGCUCGUUCGCGUUAUUUGUUUGAAAAAAAUGUAAUUUCUCAUCAACAUUGUUAUGUCCAGAUUAUUAAAGAGAUCUCUGUUCUUUUACAUGUAAAUUUUCUGUAGAAGCUGUUGCAGUAUUUUUGUGCAAUAUACUUGUAAUCAAA